AUGGCCAUCAUUUUGAGGUUUGUUGAUAAAGAAGGUUUCAUUAAAGAGUGUUUCUUUCAUGUUGUGCAUGUUAGAGACACUACUGCAUUGACUUUAAAGAAUGAGAUAUGUGCUGUCCUUUCUCGUUACAACCUCCACAUUGAAAAUAUUCGAGAUCAAGGAUAUGAUGGGGCUAGUAACAUGCGUGGUGAAUGGAAUGGAUUACAAGCUCUUUUUCUUAAAGAUUGCCCAUAUACUUAUUAUGUACAUUGUAUGGCUAAUAGUAAGCGUAAUGAUGAAUUGCAACAUGCUCAAGCAGAACAAGUUGAGAAUAUGAUUGCUUCUAAUGAAAUUGAGACUAGAAGAGGUGCAAACCAAAUUGGUACUUUGCAACGAGCUGGAGAUACUAGGUGGGGAUCUCAUUUUCAAUCUAUUUGUAGUUUGAUUAAAAUGUUUGAUACUACUUGCAAAGCUAUCAACACUAUCUCUGAGGAAGGGGCUAACUAUAAACAACGCGGUGAUGCCGAGGGAGCUUAUCAGGUAUUAACAUCAUUUGAAUUUAUUUUAAUCUUGCAUUUGAUGAAAGAGAUAAUGAGAAUUACUAAUAUUCUUUGUCAAGCUUUGCAACAACAUUCUCAAGACCUUUUAAAUGCCAUGCAUUUAGUUUCAACUACAAAAUCACUUAUUCAAAAGUUGAGAUAUGAUGGAUGGGAGCCUUUACUUGCUAGUGUUAUAUCAUUUUGUGAGCAACAUGAAAUUGAUAUUCCUGAUAUGAAUGCUCGUUACACUAAAAGUCGAGGUAGAUAUCGUCGUCAAGAUGACGAUUUAACAAUGGAACAUCAUCUUAGAAUUGGCAUAUUUACAGUUGCAAUAGACUUUCAAUUGCAAGAAUUGAAAAGUAGAUUUUGUGAGCUAACAACGGAACUUGUCAUUCUUAGUUCAGCUUUAAAUCCCAAGGAUGCUUUUAGAUUAUUCAAAAUUGUUCAUAUAUGCAAUUUGGUUAAGAAAUUUUAUCCUCAAGAUUUCACUGAACAUGAACAAGAACUUUUGGAGUCUCAAUUGCAACAUUAUGAGCUUGAUGUGAUAAAACAUCCAGAUUUUCAGAAUAUGAGUACAAUUUCCGAGCUAUGUAAGGGAUUAAAAAUUUCAGGAAAGUCUAAAAUCUAUUUUUUGAUUGAUAGACUUAUUCGUCUUGUGUUGACCCUUCCAGUUUCUACAGCAAUUACAGAACGAGCUUUCUCAGCUAUGAAGUUGUUAAAAAUAAGACUUCACAAUAGAAUGGAGGAUGAGCUUUUGGCAGAUAAUAUGAUAGUUUAUAUAGAGAAGGAAAUUGCAGGGAAUUUCACUAUAGAGAUGAUAAUGGAUGAAUUUUAUUCCAUGAAAAAUCGUCGCCAAGCAUGA